UGUCCUGCUUGUUGAACGGUGAAUAAUAAUGUUUUGUUGGAGAUAACUCCUUAAAUGUGUUAUUUUUAAUCCUAAAUUAUAUUUUGUUACUUAAACAGUUUAAGAUUUUAGAAGUAUAUUUUAUAUUUACUUUCAAGUUACAAUGGAAAAUAGUGGUACUUGGCCUUAUCUAAGGUGCUGUAAAAAUCUGAAAUCAGAAUUUUCAUAUCUAUCUAAAAUACCUAUAACAGCAGAUGGUUUCACUCUUGGACGUAAUGUGGCAAAUACUGUAAUAGUGCCAUUCCUCUCUAUCUCAAGAAACCACUGCAAAUUUAUUAAAGGUGAUAAUAAUAAAUGGAUUCUACAAGAUUUAAGCACAUUUGGUGUUUCAAUCAAUGGUGUGACAGUAGGCAAGGGUUGUCAGAAAACAUUGGCUCAUAACGAUGUUAUAUGUUUAGAACCUACUAAUGAAUUUGUAUACUACUUUGUGUAUCCACCACGAGACAAUGAAAACUAUGAGACACCUAGUAAGCGUAUUAAAAUGGAGGAUGCCCAUAACAACAAAAUUAUCGAUGAUGUAAAAAUGAAGUUCGAAGAGUCACAAACAUUUGAAUUAAAGCAUAUAGAAGAAAAGAUACAAAAUGCCAAACAAAUGCAAAAUACAUCAAUGAUCUUAAAAGAACAAUUACAAACAGACAUGAACAGAAAAAUACAUCAACUACAAAGUGAGUUUGCAUUACAAAUACAAAAUUUAAAAGGAAAAAAUGAUGAAGUUGAAGAGCAAAAGAUUAAACUCAUAGAAGAAAGGGAUAUGCAGUUAGCUACAAUCAAACAAGCCACGGAACAAAAAAUUUGUGAACUCAUGGAACAAAUUCAGAAACACAAUGAAACUGAAUCAGAAUUACUACGAGAAAACAAUUUACUUAAAGAAAAACUCACGAAAGAACGAAAAGAGUUCUUGUCAGAGUUAAAUAGAGAAAAUACUUCGAAACAAGAAAUGUUAGAAAAACUAAAAGCAAAAUUACGUGAACAAGAAGAUCUCCAGUUGAGAGAACGACAAAACUUUGUAAAUAUGCUUCAGAAGGAAACGGAACAGCUGAGAUUAGCUAAGGAAAAGGAGAUGAAAGAGUUAGAAGAGCAGAGAAAACAAAGAGAAAAUGAGUUGAAGGAAGAAUUAAAUAAUAUAAAGAAAAAUCUGGAGGAUAAAAUACAACAAACAGAACAAGAAAAAUUAAAAGCUGAACAAUUACUUAAUGAGCAAAUGGAAAAUAUGAAGAAACUUAAUGAUGUAGAACAAAUAAAAAUGAAAGAAUUGAUGAAAGAAAGAGAAGAACUACAAAAGAAAUAUAAUGAAGCUCAAUCUACUGCUGAAAAAUCCCUUGAAGAAUUAAAGAUGCGAGUGACAGAGAGAGAAAAUGAACUGGCCGCUAUAGCUGCAGAUCGCAUUCAGAAGCAGGUGGAAAUGUCCAGUGCAGUCAUCAAUACAUUGCAAGAACAACUCGAAAAGGUCAAAAAUCAACUUCAAACAGUGGAAAGUGAAAGGAACACAAUAUUAGAAACCAUUGCUGGUCCGUGUAAGGCCAUUGUACAGUCAUCGAAAGACACGGUGCUUACAGAAAUGGGUGAGCUGAUGGAGAGUGAACUGCAGUGCAGUAUAUGUAACGAACUAUUUGUCCAAGCCACCACACUUAACUGCUCACAUACAUUUUGCAAGUAUUGCAUUUCUGUAUGGAAAAAAAAGAAGCGAGAUUGUCCUGUAUGCAGAGCAUCAAUCACAUCGGAAUGCAGGAGUCUAGUUUUGGAUUCCUUCAUAGACAAGAUGGUACAAAGCCUUAGCGAGGAAAUGAAACAAAAAAGGAAAGAUAUCUUGAAGGACAGAAAAGAACUCGAGUCGGAACAGGCCCGGCAGUCCAACGCUAACACCAGGCGAGGAAAUAGCAGCAGCUAUAGCUCGGCAGACGACGAAGAGUACGACUCCGAAUUCGCGGAGAGCGAGGAGGAACCAGAGGAGGACUACCUCAACUACGACGAUGACGGCGAAUACGGUAAUGAAUGGAACACCGACAGUGACGACAGUAGACUUGACAGUGACGACGCCGAUGGUGGUCGAGUCGGAGGUAACCGUAGUAACAGAAGAAUCGCGGAGACAGUAGAAGGACUGCCCAACGCUUACUACGGCGGCUACGGACGAUGCUACAAGUGCGGCGCUCGCGGCCACUGGGCGCCCGGUUGUCCCUUUAGGUAAAAGCCUAAGUCCGGCCAGCGUGUCUGUUCAGACAAAUGAAAUGUACUGUCAACUCUCUGUCAACAAAGGAUAUUGUAAUUAUUAUAAAUCCAUACAUUUUUUCAUCUAAUAUUAUUGUGUCAUUAACUGCUUUAGUUAUGUAAUCAUCGCAGUAAUGUUCGUUUAAAAUUGCAAUAGUAAUAGUAAUUUUAAAUACACUGUACCGCCUGUUAUAGUUGCUAUCUGUUAUUUUUACUUUUGCGUAAAUGUAAUAAUGUGAUACAUAUUAUAUGAGUAUUCAUAUGUACAUAAAGACCGAAUUAUAUGCAGUAUCUGUUACCAUGGCUUGGCAUAAUCUCUAGCACUAUUUCUACAGAAACAUGUUAAGAAUGAGUUAAAAUGUGCUUUUGUAUCUUCGCAGCAGACGAACCAAGUAUUGCCUAACUUUCUACACAAAAAUCAGUUUAUUCCAUUUCCAUUGCUGAGGACAAACCACACAUUGUAUAUUCACAUAUUCCUUGUAUCAGUAGAAACCUUGCAAUAAGAGUAUUUUCAAUUACAUUUUGCAUAAAUUGGAAAGUUCAUAAAACAAAAAUAUUUAUUUAUUGCAUAUAACGCGGUCUUAAGUUGCCUACGCAGCGUCUGGAAUCUGUGUAGUUGUGUAGUUCAUUUUGAUGUGGAAAGUUUGUUUGUGCGGGUAGGUACAACACGCCAUGUACCAAUCUACAUAUGUAUCUUUAUUCCUUGUUGUAAAAUAUUUUUCGUCGUGUUGACCUAUAUAUAUAUGUAUUAUGUAGUAGAUAUUAUCGGAAAUCUGUGAUAAAAAUUACAACUAAUGCAAAAUAAAAAUGUGACGCAGAUUUUUUUUCGUUACGUUUUAUCUCCGUUAAUUCUAUAAUUUUAUUGCUUACAUUACGAAAAUUUGAAGAAUUUUUUUUAAGUAUGGCAAAUAAAAUGUUAAUUUUAUACCUUCCUAUAUAUUUUAAUAGAUUGGUGGAAUAACAUUUUUGAAAUGUACCUAUCUGUAAAGAAUCUGAUGGAUAAUAUUCACGUGUUUGAAUGUUCUAAAAUGGAUAAUUGAAGCGUUUAUUAAAUCAAAUUUAACAUU